CCUUAGUCUCUGCUCAGUUUCUAAUUGUAGUCCUGUGUAGACUGAGCCUCCAGAGCUGUUGACUGUGUAGGGUGGAAUCCCAGCUUUUGCUUCAGUGGAUUAUGAGUUUUCUGAACUCAGGGAUAACCAGCCAGCUCUUGGAUUUACUCUCUUUUUCUUGCAUAAGUUGCAGGUGCAGACCUAAGAAAUAGGUUUGCUGCGUGUGGGCUGAUUGUGACCUUAACUUGUCAAUGGGAUAGGAAGAUUCAUGCCGCUUCUACUAUUCCCCUUUAUUGACAAGAGGAUGCCACUGUUGUCCAAUCAAGAGAAACCACCAUUCCCUAAUUAUGCACACUCCAAGGACUGCCUCCAUGAACCUGCAGCCACCUUCAUAACAUCUUCACGGAAAAGAAACUUCUGAUCAGAGGCAACAGACCUGGAACAAGGACACUCAUAGCUUUUUGCUUUUGUUUCUACCAAUUUGAACAGUAUACAUGGCGACUGAUGGCGAUGCUCUUCAGGUUCCCUUGCGUCAGAAGCAGAGAAGGAAAACUCAAGGGUUUUUCACGAUGAGUCGGAGGAGGAUAUCCUGUAAAGACCUGGGACAUGCUGACUGCCAAGGGUGGCUGUAUAAGAAAAAAGAAAAAGGAACUUUCCUGAGCAACAAAUGGAAAAAGUUCUGGGUAGUGCUGAAGGGAACGUCGCUAUACUGGUACAACAAUCAAAUGGCAGAGAAGGCUGAUGGAUUUGUCAACCUGCCCGAUUUCACUGUGGAGAGAGCAUCUGAAUGCAAGAAAAAGCAUGCUUUUAAGAUCAGCCAUCCACAGAUCAAGAUCUUUUAUUUUGCAGCUGAGAAUGCACAGGAAAUGAGUGUGUGGUUAAACAAGCUUGGGAUAGCUAUAAUCCAUCAUGAUUCUGCUACGAAGGAUGAAGAAUGUUACAGUGAGAGUGAACAGGAGGACCCCGAAAUAGCUGUGGAGACACCACCCCCUCCUUACUCUGCAGAGACUUUCUCUCCUUUGGCUGCACAGCAGGCAUCUCUCUCUUCACCCAAAUCCUGUUCUUCCUCUUCCUCGGAAAGUACAAUAAAGACACACAGCAGUUUGGCCUCCUUAUCUAGAGAGAGACAGUCCUGGAUCGACAUGGUAAAUAGUUCCGCCGCUGCUGACGGUGAGGGACAGUCUAUGACAUUUGCUGUGCAUGUUCACUCACCUGCACCCUCAGAGGCAAACAGUUGCAGGGCUCUGGACAACAGCUUUGCCACAUCAGAAAGUGGAUUUUUGAACUCUCUGUCUAGUGAUGACACUUCUUCACUGAAUAGCAACCUGGACCAUCUUAUUGUCCCAGACAAGCCCACUGGAUCAAAGAUGGCAGACAGAGAAGAAACAAAAUUGUCUGAAGAUGAUGAAAUGGAGAAACUCUACAAAUCGUUAGAACAAGCUAGUCUCUCUCCUCUUGGGGACCGUCGACCUUCAACCAAAAAGGAGUUGAGAAAAUCCUUUGUUAAGCGUUGUAAGAAUCCAUCCAUAAAUGAGAAACUUCACAAAAUCCGAACCUUGAAUAGCACAUUGAAGUGUAAAGAACACGACCUGGCCAUGAUUAACCAGUUGCUGGAUGAUCCGAAGCUGACAGCCAGGAAAUACAGGGAGUGGAAGGUGAUGAACACCCUGCUGAUCCAGGAUAUCUAUCAGCAGCAGCGGGCCCCCACGUCUGCCCAUGAAGGCACUCCCGAGGGAGUCGAGAAACCACCUUCCUCUGCCUGUGUUGAAAAUUCUAUUUGAGAACAAGCCAGCAUUCUCUCCCCGAUCUCUUACCCCAAGUGACUCUUCAAGAGGUUGCAAGAGCUUUCCUUCAAAGGAAAACUGAAACCAGUUCCUUAAGCAUUGCCUCUCUCUCCAAAGAUGCAGCUGAGGUGAGGACCCACUCUGAUGGCAGCAGGACUCCUCAUUCUGGCUGAAGUGCUUUCAUUGAGACUCGAGGAAUUGAGUUCAGUUGAACAAACACCGUGUUCCUACUCGGAGCUCUCGGUUAUGCUAGGCUUUAAGUGGGAUGUGAGAAGUGUAUGUUCUUUGCUCUCAGAGAACCACGGUGUUCUACGGACAAAGAUCACAUUUUACCAGGGAUAAUUAUUCAUAGAAAUGUUCGUUUUCCAAAAGAAGAAUGUACAUAUUCCCCUGGGUUGGGUAGUUGAAUUCUUCAAAUCAUUUCUUGGAGUGGAGGAACAUGUUUUACAACAGAAACUGGAAUGGGACAAAUGUGGUUUUGUGGAACCCAAAUCUCUUGCCUUUGGUCUGGAAUGGUGGUGCCUUUUCCAUGAGCUGAGAAAUACUUCAUGGUGAUUGGUGUGUGGGAGAGCCCAAGGGGGAGGCAUGUUCUAUUGAACACCCUCUCAAAGGACAGCUUGAUGUUUCCACACUUGACCCCGGGGCAGGGCGGGGGGAGGGUGAGGGAUCUGAUUAAAGUUUCCUUUCCACAGAACAGCUAAAGAAAUCUAUCUUAUUACUCGUAGAGACCUCUACUCCCUCCUCGCUUUUCUAAACCACUGCAGGAGAUAGAAAUAAGUCCAGCAAGGAAUGUUUGCUGCUUUGUCCCUGGGAGUGGUGCCUAUAUCCAGUGUCAACUUACAUCCUGUCUCCCCGGGAUCAAGAUUGACAAGAUAAUUCUGGUGUCUGAAUGGGUUUGAUAUCUUUACUCCAAAAAAACCCAACAAAAACAACAAAAGAGUUAAAAUAUGAUUGUUUUAUUUUUGUAUGUUUGUGUCACUUUGUGUCCUAUGUGAAGAGCUAUCUAUAAUAUGUUUGUUAUUUAAGUAUAUUUAUAGAAGGUCAAAUUACUAGUGUUUUAAAAGAUGGUAAAGUAAUUACAUGUUUUGCUCAAUAUAUAUUCUCCAAGUAUAUACUUUUUUGCUUGAGAAAAUAGGAGUACUGUUGAUUCACUGGAGUUAUUAUGUUGCACUAUAAUGUAUGAGGAAUGCUCAGGAUAUCUUGUGGGAUAAAUGUGGAGGCAUGCACUAUUAAUUGUUCACUUUCUGGCUUCUCUUUUUCUUUCUCCCUCUCUCUUUCUCUGCCUCUUUCUCAACCCAGAGUGCUCAGAAUUCUGUCACUCUCUUAACCAGAAAAGGACUUUCACCUUAGGUUAUUUCUUCUAGUAAAUAAACUUUUUAAGCUUCCUGCCAUUUAUGCCCACAAACCCUAAACCAAAUGAAACACAACUAAUAUAGUCUUUUGUCUAAGGUCUAAUAGAAAUUUUGGGGUCUGCUGUUAAAGAGAACUCAUUUUAUUAGAGACAUAAUAUGAAAAUCUUCCCUUACUAAUCACCAUGAAUAUUUUUCAUCCUACGAAUAACCACAACCCACCAAAAACCCAUUUUGCCCUUACCCCUAGCUAAUUGUCAGCCCAAUAUGGUGUGUUUCAGAGCGUUAACAUAUGGCUUGACAUUCAAAUGGAAAUAACCCUCCGAAUUUUAUUUGCAGACCAAAUGGAAAGAGCCCUUGAAGGUUUCCCCACGCUUUACUCAGAAGUGUUAAUACUUUGUAAACAAAAACAACCUCAGUGUUAAGAAAGAAAAACAACAGGAAACAAGUCAGAGUACUAGAAGCUUAUGUAAAAUAAGAAGGCAUGCCUAGCCAAUCUUUAGGAGCACCUGCUCCUAGUGCUGGGGGAAGGAUCCAGGCUACAUAGGAGCUUGGGGUGGGGGGGCGGCGGUCCUGGCUUGCGGUGAAUUUACUGUUGGCUCGGGCGGCGCUGGAGAGAAGUAACCAUGUAGGACCUCAGAUGAGACCCUGAAAUUCCUGUUUGGAGAGGCUAGUGCUUUCAUCUCUUUUCUUUGGGAGUUAUUGAUUACUUCUACAAUUAGUAGCUGUUAGAAGGUUCAUUGUUUAGGAGUCACGAUGUGAAGAAAAUGUUGAGGGAAGGAGAAUUGCUAGUGGAGGAGAUAAUCGUUGGGCACAGUUCUCUUCCACCUUCUUUCCCUUGGCUGGAGAUACCAACCUAGAAACUUCAAAACAGUCUUUAAAUUGAAGUGCUCAGAAGCUUUUGGCCAGGCUUGGGAACACGUGUCAGUGCUUUGCUUGGGCUUCUCAUUAAGGCACACAUAACUGACCACUGAGUGUAAAUUCCUUUAGGAGAGCUCAAACUUAAAGGCAAAAUGGGUCCAUGAGAUUAUUGAAUCGAGCCUUUCAGUUACUUUUCAAAGUUGUCAGUCUAGAAGCUCUGCCUCUGUGAAAACACUUACUCCCCAGAUGAAAGUCAGACCUAACUGCCCAGUCUUGCACCCCCUCUUCUAGACCAAGCUUGCCUGCUUGUCAGGGUUUUCCCUUCUGUAAAUGCUUUCCCUCUGCAUUACCUUGUGUUAGCAAGUAGGGGGCUGCCUCUGUGAGGUCCCAGCUUCAGCUGUGGCCACUGAGAGGAAGUGGGGGUGGGGGGCAGUAGGAAAUGAUAGGCAGAGUGGGUGACACUUUCCAUUCUACUCAAUUUAGGAAUAACCCUGCCAUUUUUCUGGUGCAAAGGAUAUUGGGAAAACUGGAUUACUUCCAGUUUAUUCCUGGGAAUGGGGGCAUCUCUGAAAUGGAUUUCGGGUAGUUUCAUGGGGUCUAAGGGGUGAUUCUUUUACCCACUCCUGUAGACAUAGGGUCUGAGGGCUGUGGAAUGACCCAGAACCACGGCUGCUCAGGAAGCGGAGGAUCUGAGCAUAAUCAAGUCCAACCCUCUGGCACUGGCUGUGGAUUAGGAUCCGGCUGGGACUCGUCUUUGGGGUUGCAGGGAGGACCCCUUCUCUCUGGUUAGCGUGUAGACCCAGACUAGUGCCUGAUAGGAUACUUCUGUGGCUGGCACAUUGCGGCACACGCCGAAAUGAAUGGUCCCACACUUGACAGGCAUAUACUGCUUUUAAUAAUUCUUAGUUCUGGCACAAUCUUAGCAUAGCAUCAAAGACCCGGGAAGAAUCAUAACGUAUACCAUGGCAAAGACUCCAGGAAGCCUAAGAGAGAUUGUGUUUGCAGUCAGAUUUCAAUGUGAAACCCAAGCCUUGUAUUUAUGUAGCACUUUGUAGUUUGCAGAUCUGUGUGUUCAGGCUCCCCCGUUCCCUCCCCAGUGGUUUUUGCAGGGAUGAUGGUGGAUUCUCCUUCCUCCUUUUUCACUGGGGAGGAAAUAAGCUCCUCUUGCCCCUCUCUCUCUCCCCUUUACCUUGUGCAGUCACUGUUGGCCCCCAGCCCUGUGAGGUGCGGGGUGUGUGCAUUCACUGGACCGGGCACACCUGUGGGGUUUUUUGUGAAGUCAGCCACUGGAAACCUGAGGGGGCCUCUUCUUCUCCUCAGGGCUGAAGAGUGACUGUCCCUCCUGCGGCCAUUGGUUCCUGGGUUGACUGGAUUGCGGUGUGACCUAGUCACUCUGCUUUCUUUCCUUCCUUCUUGAAAUUUCACUGCUUGUUUUAGGUGCUGUGAAAUCCUAGGAGGAAAGAGGCAGUUAAAGAAAUGGAAUUCAUUUAUUUUCUUUUAAAGGCAUGUCAGGAGAUGUCAGAGAGCCUAGGGACUAGGAGUUAGGCCCUCCCUCUUCCUCUCCCAAUUUCUUCUCCUUGUAAUUAUGUAGCUUCCUCAGAUAGACUUAAAAUGAUGAACAAUAUCAUAGAAUUGAAACAGAUAAAAAGAAAAUACACAUUAAGUCUUUUGAGGAGAGGUACUAGACAAAUUCCAGCCAUAUGUAAACUCAUGGAUACAGACCUCUUUUAAGAUACUCUCCUUGAAAGAUAAUAUUUUGAUAUAUAGCCGCACGGAAGAUUUAAGUGAGGAAUUUAGGUACAGAGGAUGCCUAUCCCAAACAAGCCAAUAUAAUAAAAAUAACCAAUAACUUUUGGUUAGUUUUAGAAGACCUCUCUUUUUCAGUCUAAUAAAAUAUAUUUGAGAUUUCCCAGUUUAUUUCCUUCUAAUUUUUUUGUGUGCUUACCUCACAAGAGAAAUCGAGUCCUAGAAAUGUCACGUGACUGCCCUGCUAGGGUUUUGUAAUGUGUAAUUAAAAAGGAAAGCCCCUGAAACUAGAUUUUAACAACCCAUAUGAAAUGAGUGAAGGCAGAGGAAUAAUUUUAACCUUCACAGAAAGCCGCCUCUCUCUGUAAACAAGAUGCCGAACAGCUCCAUGUUUUUUCUACAUUGUGAGACAGGAAGCGAUUUCCUUGCUUCCUCUGCACGUUUUUCCUCUUCCCCAUACUACCACAGACCACAGAAAACAUGAAAAAUAGUUCUACAUUUCAAAUGUUCUUCCAUAUCUCUUCCCGUGAGACUUAAUGGCUCUAUAUUGAUAUUUCUUUAUGUUGAGUCCAAAGGGGAAGCAUGCUCCGUGGAGACAUUUAGCAUCCCAUAAUAAACACCAGGAGUUGUAAUCACCAUAGACUUUCAUGUCCUUGCAUGAUGGGGAUGUGACUUUUAGCACUGCAUGGUGUUUGGGGCAAGAUGACAAUGUGGAAAUUAUCUCUUCAAUCUCAUUGUGCUUUCACUCUCUGUCACCUAUCCUCUUUGAACUGGAAAAAGAGGCAUGGCUCAUUUCUUCUGCUUUAUGUUUUUUAGAUUGACUUGUAAGAUACAAAUAAAAACAAGAGAAAAUAUAUCUAGUAAAAUGACAUGAAAAAAAUGGAAAUAUACUACUGGUAUUUGUUUUCUGCCCUGCUGUGUUCCUUCUUCCAAGAACAGACUCGCUGGGAAGGGUUUGAUGGCUGGGCUUUUGUCUUCUACAAAGGUUGUGGUGCCCUCUGGUGGCCAUCGUAAGAAUAACUGACUCGAUGAUUUUAUUUUUAAAUGCAGCCUUUAAUUAUGUUGGGAAAUCUAUCUCAAUAAUAACUGAUGUGCUCUUCUCCAGUGGUCCUCAGCUUACAGGCUUGUUAGGAAAAAGAUAUACUUUUCAAAAUUGUUGGUCCACAAAACUUGACUUGCACAUUGCAUACCCCUUAUCAUUACGAGACACCCACCUUUUGUUUAGAGAAUUUAAAAAUUUUGCAGAUCAUAAAAAUUAAGACCUGUGGCACAUAUGUUCCUUAAAAUGCAUAAGCUGUUUCUGUGUGAAAAAUAAACAGAGAAAAUAUUGAAAUAGCAUAAUAAAUUGCUUUAUUUUGGACCACUGA